AUGGCUAGCAAAAAGCAGUCGGCACUGAGCCGCGCCAACAACACCCGACGCCUCAACGACCUCGUCCUGGGACAUGUCGGCCGUGUCUCCUAUAUCCCACGCCUGGACCGUGGGGACGACAAUGACGACGACGACGGGCCCGGCGAGCUGUUUAUUAACAGAUCCGUCCAAGAUGUCCCAUCGUUCCAAGAGGUAACCCCCUUUGACGAAUGGUACUCCCCUUCUCAAUCGCCUACCCCUGCCCAGCCGCUCACGGGCUUCAGUGCCCAACGCUCUCAGCAGUACUACCUGCUCAAAGAGCACCCAGAUGCCUUUCUUGGCCUGGCAGCCGACCUCAAAUCUGCCUUGCAGGAGGAUGUCGCGCUGUGGCGCGCCGAGUUCAAGCGUCAACAGUCGUCAAGGACCAAAAGCUUACUCCCCCUAGUCGGAAUCGGAGAGAUCACGGACCGCACUACCCGCAGCAAUACUUGCGCCGUGCUUGCUGUUGUUUGUGGCGAGGAAGGUGACGUAGUGCGCCUCGUGAGGCUGCAUGAGGGGCGGAAGUCUUGGGGCGGGGAGGCCGGCGACGGUGCAGGCGUCAUGCUCAAGACGCCAGAUUCCGGAUACGAGGGGUUUUGGCAUGCCCAAGGCUUGGGCAUCUCGAAACUUCAAUUCGUGUCGUUCCCAAGGCGCCAUCACGGCAUGCGGAGAUGGCUUGUCGUCCAAACAGCUACAGAAACCCAUGUGUUCGAACCCGAGGUGCUCAAAUUCCCCAUCUGGAACAAGUUCGAUGGGUUUGCAGCCGAGGCCUUCUCCGGUCCUGCAUAUAUCUCCAUGACGCCCAUGUUGAGCAUCAAAGCCCAAGGGAGGCAAAAUGCCGAUUUCGUAUUCAAUUUCGGGGAUGAGGAGAGUAUCCCGCGGCUGGCGAUUGUGGACGUGGAUGGCUACUGGGACGUAUGGGACAUACAAAGCAAUGAAGCACGUAAGCGAGGUGACGUGAAAAUAACUGCGUCCUUGCGCAGCUCAGGGCAGAUGCCUGACGACGCUUUGAGAGACAUUGAGAGCCAGCAUGAACUGUGCCGAGUUGUCUGGACCAGUCCUCUACGCGAUGCAAGCUGGCGCCAUCAUGAAGGUGAGGAGCACCAAAAGGUUUUAGCAAUAUGCACCCGCACAACCUUGACCAUUUUCGACAUUGAUGGAAACUCAGUCGAUCACCCAAAGACGACAUUGGCAUGGCUCGUCGACUCCAAAAAAGCAGAGAGCAUCCUUGAUAUUGCCAUCUGCCCCGGAGACCCAUCCAAGAUUUUUGUAUUGACCAGCAGCACAGUCUUUUGGCUCGAGUUGAGGCAUUCAUCUGAAGCUUCGGAGCCAUUUCUGGCCACUAUCCUGCUAUCCUGUCCUCAUCAACGGAGCCCUAUUGACGACACCCUACGGAUGAGCAUCACACGUCCAGCAAUGGACGAUUGGUGGCUCGUUUGCAUAUUCUCGGGAACAGGCAGCUCGAGGACGACACUAUUCUGGUUCCGCAGCCCGCAUCCCCGCUCCGAGACUGCUGCUUUUUCUCACCAGACCGCAAGCUUGUCUCUUCCUGAUGAUGCCCGGCAUAUUCGCUCGAUCGCUCUUACACCAAUCACCCUGGGUAUACCCCGAACCGCGACGGGCUAUCUGCCAAAAAACAGUCAUUUUGCCCAACUACUCGUCCUCACAAAAUCUCUUGGCCUGCAUUCAGCCCUGUUCGCCAUCACAAUCACCCCUUCGCCCCACCACCGUUCGCUGCCAAUACCCGCUCCUGAAACCCGUAAUUUGACCGACGUUAGGUACCGGUCGCUGAAUGUGAAGCGCAAGGAGAUUCUCUCUCAAUUAGCUGAGGCAUUCGUGGUGCGCGACGACUACGCCGUCUUGUUUGAGCAUGGACGGCGGUACAGGAUCCAGCAGGAGGCGGAGAAGGCUGAGUAUGAGCACAGGGCCCGGCAGCAGAAGGUUCAACAGGAGGAUGCUGUCAAAGGAGCUUUCCUGGAUCUGGAACCUGUGAUGCAGAUAGUGGUGGAACGUGUAGCCGCCAAACUGAAAGGUGUUUGGCUUGGAGGGCCGGGUGCCGAUGGUAAUUCUGUGUCGGAUGGCUUUGGAGCCAUUCGAAAGCUCGUAGAGGAGGGCUUGGCGAGUUUCCACCUACCAAUGACCACAAUUCUAGAAGCGUGCCCUCAGAUCAACCCCGGAGAACUAAUCACACAAAUCGGGAGCCAACGCUGGGGAGAGGAGCUAGCGCAGCUCCGGGAGUUUGCUGCUGAAUCCGAGAUGGUUCAGGUAAACGACCUGACAGGUGACAGGUCCGCUAUCGCAGACCCAUCUGCCAUUUUUCAACACCUACUCCAUCUCUGGACCUCGAGCCUUCCUGGGGGCCUACUUGACGAGAAUCAAGCACGAGGACGAGAGGCGUUGAUAGCGUGCAUCGCAGGCGAAGUUGCCCAAGCCCAGGCUGGAGUUUCCGUAGCUCCAAGGCCAGCAACUCACAAGGAACGCGAGAAUUUAUCACACCAAGAAUUCAAGGCGUCGUCACAGCCUGAACUAGGACUUCCAUCACCUUCGGCAACAUCAUCGUCAUCGCGAGCGCCUUCAGAAGUCCGCUCACUGUACAGCGACCAAGCGUCGUCCGCGCCCGACAAUGAGGAGCCAGACCAGCAGGAUCCCGCAGCGAUCCGCCUAGCCCGCUACGCGACUUCGAUAGGAUAUGUUCCCAAAAGGGAUGAAGAAUCAGCGCUCUUGGCACGCUGGCCAUCCGAGCCGGGCUCCGACCCCGCCGACUUUGGCUGGUCUUGGGCUGGAGGGGAGGAGCGUCGGCUGGCGGCGCGGCUCCAGGCGACUCGCCGAGCAAAAGAGGCCAGGAGACUCCGGAUGGCGGAGCGGAGAGCCGCUAUGGGUCUGUCGCAAGGGCCGGAGAGUGGCGGCGUUGCGGUGGGUGGUAGCAGCCAGGCGCCGAGGAUCGCAGCCUCGAGCCAGGCGGGUUCCGGCUUCGUGACCAGGCCGACUCUCGAUGUCCUCACGGACUCGGGUAUCAAGGUCACAGUUGCAUGCCGCACGCUCGAGUCGGCCAAGAAGCUGUCCGCGGGCGUGCAGCACUCGACGCCCAUCUCGCUCGACGUCAAUGACGACGCCGCCCUCGACGCCGAGGUGGCCAAGCACGACCUCGUCAUCAGCCUGAUCCCCUACACGUUCCACGCGACGGUGAUCAAGUCUGCGAUCAGGCAGAAGAAGCAUGUGGUGACGACGUCGUACGUCUCGCCCGCCAUGAUGGAGCUCGACCAGGCGGCCAAGGACGCCGGCAUCACGGUCAUGAACGAGAUCGGCCUCGACCCGGGUAUCGACCACCUGUACGCCAUCAAGACCAUCGAGGAGGUUCACGCCGCUGGCGGCAAGAUCAAGACCUUCCUCAGCUACUGCGGUGGCCUGCCCGCGCCCGAGUCGUCCGACAACCCGCUCGGUUACAAGUUCAGCUGGUCCAGCAGGGGUGUGCUGCUGGCGCUGAGGAACGCCGCCAGCUUCUACAAGGACGGUCAGGUCACCAACGUUGCUGGGCCCGAGCUCAUGGCUACCGCCAAGCCCUACUUUAUCUACCCCGGUUUUGCCUUUGUUGCCUACCCUAACCGUGACUCGACCCCGUACAAGGAGCGCUACCGGAUUCCUGAAGCGGACAACAUUGUCCGUGGUACUCUUCGCUACCAGGGCUUCCCGCAGUUCAUCAAGGUCCUCGUCGACAUUGGCUUCCUCAGCGAUGAGGAGCAGCCUUUCCUCAAGGAGGCCAUCCCGUGGAAGGAGGCCACCCAGAAGAUUAUCAAGGCCUCCUCUGCUUCGGAGCAGGACAUUGUCAGCACCAUCGUGUCCAACGCUACCUUUGAGUCGACCGAGGAGCAGAAGCGGAUCGUUGCUGGUCUGAAGUGGCUCGGUAUCUUCUCCGACAAAAAGAUCACACCCAGGGGUAACGCGCUCGACACGCUGUGCGCCACGCUCGAGGAGAAGAUGCAGUUCGAGGAGGGCGAGCGCGACUUGGUGAUGCUCCAGCACAAGUUCGAGAUCGAGAACAAGGACGGCUCGAGGGAGACGCGCACAUCGACGCUGUGCGAGUACGGCGCCCCCAUCGGCUCCGGUGGCUACUCGGCCAUGGCCAAGCUCGUCGGCGUCCCCUGCGCCGUAGCUGUCAAGUUUGUGCUCGAUGGCACCAUCUCCGACAGGGGUGUGCUUGCGCCUAUGAACUCCAAGAUCAACGACCCUUUGAUGAAGGAACUCAAGGAGAAAUAUGGCAUCGAGUGCAAGGAGAAGGUUGUGGAGUAA